AUGUUGGGAAAUCUUCGAUCCCGGCGUCGUCCUCCUUAUGGUGCGUAUAUUUGUGCCGCCGUUUCGUCCAUUCUUCUCAUGCUUUCGGUCUCUUUCUUGUAUAGUAGCCUUUCUCACUCUCAUCCCCACUUUCACACCAAUCUCUACCGCCGAAGCUCCAGACCCUCACAUGACUCCAUCAACUAUGACUCCCUCCUGUCGGAUUCCGUCGACGACAACAUCUCCGGCACCGAAGACAAGAUCGACGCCCUCGACGUCAUUGAAGAACAACAGGAAGAUUACGAUUUGAGGAAUAUUGAAUUGGAAGAAGAAGAUGAGCCGUUCGAGCAAAUCAAGGUUUCUGGGCAUUUCUUUGAUCACGUGAGCGGGGUUAUUCGGAGGGCAUAUGAUAAACGUUCGAUUGAGGCAUGGGAAGAUGCUCAGACUGGGUUUUUUAUGGGAGCCGGGUUGGAGGACCGGAGUAAGGCGGCGUUUGGCUCCGACGAUGUGCCGGUGGACGAUCUGGUGAGGAGAAAAGCGAUUCAGGUGUCAGGGAUUGAGGAUGCGCUGCUGUUGAAGGUUGGUAAGAGGGUUUCGCCAUUGAGGGAAGGCUGGGGCGAUUGGUUCGAUAAGAAAGCUGAUUUUCUGAGGAAGGACAAGAUGUUGAAGUCGAAUUUUGAGGGUUUGAAUCCGCUGCACAAUCCGAUUUUGCAAGAUCCAGAUGGAGUGGGCGUGACUGGGUUGACGAAGUGCGAUCGAAUUUUCCAGAAAUCACUUAUAGAUGAUUUCAAGAAAGUCCCAUUUCCAUAUCUGGGUUCCACAGAGACCCGAGAGUCGUCCAAGUUGCAAGGAAACGAGGCCAAAGCAAAAGAAUGCGAUAGAGGUAAGAUGUUCCCAGCGGACGACACUGAUGUUGGAAGAUGCAUCCCUGAAACUGGCGAAAAAGCUCAAGGACGUCCAUGACUGUGGUACCUAGCUAAAACGAAAAAAAUAAGAGUAUGUUGCGGCUGAUACGAGUAUAUGAACAUCAAUACCAAGGAAAAGGAAAUAGCUGGUGGCGUUUGAAAGGAUUCAAGCUAAGUUCAAGAGCAGGAAGGAUCAUACGUGUUCUUGAAGCAGUGAAGCGCUGAAAGUCUUUAAAUUUCUCUUAUAAAUGCAAUUAGAAUUUGUUUCACCCUCUGAUGUUAGGGAUGUUGUUGUUUAUGA